AUGGCAACCUCCUCUUCAGAUGAGUCGGAGGAAAGCAUCUUUCAGCUGCUGAAAAAGGCCGACACAAAAGAGUUGGAAACUCGAGAAAAGGCAAUCAAUGACCGGUUGCAUCGCACAUUUCAGCUAGGGCAACAGCGACUAGCAGAGCUCAUUGACCAGAAUUCAACUCUGCCCACCACCGUGUCGUCAGUGACAGUCCUUGGGACGAAAAACACAAGACAUGGCUUCCUUGGAGCAGUGGUGAAUCCUCUAUUGAGCGCCAACCGCGACCGACCAUAUACUCAAUCUGAGCUCAUACACGAAGUCGCAAGGACCGCUGAAAAGCUGAGGAAAUUCGGUAUCUAUCACGACCCAGUUUCCGUCUACCUCGACAAACCCUCCAAGACUGACCCGACCACUACGCCAACCGAUAUUGCCAUAUACUACUCAGUGAAGGAGAAAAGCCGGAUAUUUGCAAAGACUGGAACAGACCUGGGUAACGCGGAAGGGUCAGCUUACGCCAAUGUGCAAUGGAGGAAUCUUUUGGGCGGUGCUGAAACACUGGACAUAAAUGCGUCCAUCGGCACGCGCACACGCUCAUCCUACCAAGCGACUUUCGACACCCCUAUGUUGAGCAAUCCCGAUCUGCGUUUUCAGAUCGGCGGGCUACAGAGUGCGACGCAGAAAGUCUUUGCCAGCCAUGAGGAAGUGCUGAAGGGAGGCUGGACUAAGUUGCGAUGGCUGAGUUCGCCCGGCUCAUUCCACGAAAUAGGAUACAAUGGCUUCUGGCGACAAGUGACGGGUCUCGCACCAAAUGCCUCACAAACCGUCAGGAGCGAAGCAGGGGACUCUUUUAAAAGCAGCAUCUCUCACACGUGGACGGCCGAUCGAAGAGACAACGCCAUGCUACCAACCAGAGGUUAUUAUGCUAAAACGCUGGCCGAAGUGGCAGGAUGGGGUCCUCUGCAGGGUGAUGCGGCAUUCUUGAAAAGUGAAGUUGAGACUCAGUCGGCAGUGUCGAUACCGGUACCCGGUAUAAAAGGAGACAGCGGCGUCAGCUUCACUACCGGGUUCCGUGCCGGCCUCCUCUACCCUUUAACUUUGGGAUCGAAGCAAAAUCCGGAAAUGUCACGGAUAAAUGACCGAUUUCAGCUGGGUGGUCCUACGGAUGUUCGAGGCUUCAGGCUGUCGGGAUUGGGCCCUCAUGACGGACCAGAUGCGGUGGGUGGUGACAUCUAUGCAGCUGGAAGCGCAAAUCUUCUGUUCCCUCUUCCCAAAGUUGGAAAGGACAAGCCUCUACGGCUGCAAGCCUUCAUCAACGGUGGGAGGUUAUUGGCAAUAAGAAAUGCAGAAAAGGAGGGUGCACUGACAAGCCAGGAAGUCAAGCAAAGUGUUGCAGACGCUUUCUCAGAGCUGGGAAAUGGGCUACCGACACUGUCGGCUGGUAUCGGGCUGGUCUAUGCCCAUCCUGUGGCCCGCUUUGAGCUCAACUUUUCAUUGCCCUUGGUCGUCCGGAAGCAGGAGGAGGCCAGAAAGGGUGUAUCUUUCGGGAUCGGCAUCAAUUUCCUGUAG